UUUAGUUACGAAUAUGGCUGCAGCUAGGUUAUGCGUUGUCGCGCUUUUCUUGUGUAUUUACACUGAUGUGUGCUUAUCAUACUUACAUGACGAACCCAUAAUCGAAUGUGCGCAAACUUCUUUAGAAAUUAUACAUUUCAGUGAGUUGCUCAUGAAACAUGACGGAUUUCGCGGAACAAGUUUGAAAUUGUUGUCGGAUUAUGGAGGUCAAAUUAUCAACGUAUUAAAAUCUACACCAGGUCAAAACAAGUGGCUCUGGCAACACAACUUAUUUGCAAACACCGUUUCAGACGCCUUAUGCGUGACGGAUGGUUGUAUUAAAUAUGUUCGAGGUGACAAAAAAUCUAAGCUAAAGAAGGUUUUCGACGCCAUUGAAAUCAUCAAGGUAAACGUACACACCUAUCUAAGAGACCACAAGUGAGCGUUGGUUCAUUUGACAAAACAACACCGCCACCAAACGACCUUGUUGAUUUAAUUCAAGAAAAUAUAAAGAAAAUCGAAGCGGUCGUCGUACGCGACAAUAAACCGAGUAAUGUCGAUUCGUUGUACUUUAAGCCCGAAAAGAUAUUUUUGAAUCGUAUCGGGGAAUACGUUAACGAUUUUGUUUAUUUUAUUCAAAAUCAAAACGUUGGACUGACGUGGAAAUGUGAGGAAUUAGAGGACGAGUUGUCCAAAGCAUACAACAAGGCCGUGGACACAUGGAUAACAGAUAAUUACUCUGAACUUUUUGAAUACCAUAGACAGGUAACCUUCAUUAUAGUAUUGCCAAUGCUUAGAUACAUAAAUAAACACGUACAACUAUUUCUAAAUUGCGUUUCAAUAAAAUUUAAAAUUGAGAUUACUCUUCUUCAUUCAUCAAACUUUAAAAAAUUAUGGCAUCACUUUGAGGAAUUAUUUCAAGACUUUUUAAAAUUUUUGGUAUUGGACUAUUCACCAGAAUUAAAAGAGCUUUAUGAUGCUCUAAAAACGUAUAAAUCACGCAAACGUAAUAUGUCAAAAACUGUUCUAAAACCAUUGGGAACUUGCAUAUUUAGGGCAACAUGUAAUAUAAAUAAAAAUAAUAAUAAUAGAGGUAAAAAACUAGUAUAUGUAGACAGAAAACAAGGUAUUGACUAUACAUCUCACACAAAACCUAGUGAGUUAAGAAGAAAAAUUGAUGACAACUUUAAAAAUGCACAAAGAUAUGUUGUGGCUCUAAAAGAAAAAUUAAAUCAUGUUAAUUUUAGUAUAGUUGAUGAUUUUUUUGGAAGUAUGUUCCCAGAUGAAUAUAUUAGAGUUUUACGUAGGUUUUAAUACGUCAUAUAAUAUUCGUAUACAAGUAUAAGAAAAUAUAACUAGUAGUACUAACUACAAUAUUAACAUAACUAACAAUAUUUGAAAAUAUUACAAUUAUUGUAAGUGCACUUAAAUAACAGCUAUAUUAUUCAAUCUGCAAUAUAUAAAAAUGUAUUGUUUGUAAUGUAUUUAAAAAUUGUGAAUUAAAUUAUUAUAAUUUUGGAAAAAAUAAACAUAGGUAAUACGUUAUAUUUAUUAGUAAAUUGGAAUCUUUUGAGUUCAUGGUUUUGUCUUAUACUAUUUGCUUGCACACAAAAUAUAACGUGGGUUAUCCGACUAUGUUAUGACUUAUAUGCCAAAACGUUGACUUGGGUCCGAUCUCUAAAAGUGGCUCACUAAUGAGAAAAAAAUACAUACUAUUUAGUAUUAAUUACAUUGUGUAACGGUUAUGAUGGAAUGAUGGAAAACAGUAUUUUUUUCCGGCGUUUCUACGAUCUUCCGUUAACGGCGGCAGGGAGGUCCACAUAAAUUUAAAAUAUACAAAAAUAAAUAUAUAUAUUUUUUACCUAAGUUUGGCACCAUAUAAUAUAUAACCCUUCAGUUAACUAUAUUAUACAUAGUUUAAAUUUGUAUAGUAUUUAUUAUGCAUCAAAUAUUUUGUUUUGAGCAUCACCGUUUUAUUAGACCGUCAAAACUUCUAUCUCAAGAAAAUGUAAAAGAAAGUUGACCGAUUGACAGCAUAGUACUAUAUUAAAAUUGACUUGAUAUUAAAUUUCCAGUCAAAAGUACUACGAGUCAAGUUAACCACAACAUUUUGGGUUUUUCUAAUUAAGAGACUCUAAAAAAGUAUAAAUUUCUAUUAUACUAAAAUAUUACUAAUAUCUCUUUGAUUUUUGAUAUUAAUUCAAUAUUUUUAAAUUAAAAUCUUAAUGUCCUAACUUGGAGCUUUUGUUACAUUGUAAUUUACAUUUUAAGUAAGUGGUAACUCAACAUUCAGUAUCAGUUAGGGUCCGUAUAAAUUAUUAAACACUUAUAAAGAUACACGACAGACAACCUUUUAAGUUCAAAACUGCUUAGCACACUAAAGUCUUAAUUUUAUUUUUCAAAUUUUAUCCAUUUAAGAUCUUGAAAAUUCCUAGGUAGUAGGGUUUUCUUAGUCAGACCGUCUCCGUUAAUGGUUAAUGCGGUUAUCCAAUAGACUGCGGUGGCGGCGGCGGUUACAUGUAUGCUACAUCAACACGAUUGGCUUCCGAUCCGUACACCCAAGCGGUCAAAGGACGAGAUUCAUUUUCGGCUUGCACACGUAUAACUACAACGGUUCAAGCAACCGCAGCAGUCGUCCGCCUACGUGACCGCCGUCUAUUCUUCAGUUGGCGGGUUUGUGCACCACGUCAUGAACUAUAAUAUUCUGUUGUUCGGGUGCACGGCCUGCGUGUGUCUGACGACGGUGGCCCGCGGUCAGUACGGCGUGUCGUUUGCCAGCAACGAAGACGUCAACAGCACUGCCGCCGGCAACAGGAGCGGAAAGACCCUUUUCAAUUUGUUGGACAGUUCCGCAGGCCCUUACCAGGCAGCGGCUAACGGCGCUUGUCUGCAGGGCGAUAUGGUCGAAUGCUUUAAGGCUAAGGCGUUGUCCAGGUUCGACGAGUUUUUCGUCGAGGACGCAUACCGGCUUAACGACAACGUGCGUAUGAUCCACUUGCAACCCGAUCACAAUGAGUACUGGUCUUCUAGGACGUUGAAGCAUUCUAUAGGACAGCAGCCCAAAGACACCGAAUGGGACAGGCUGGUCAGGUUCACCAUGCACAAAACAGAAAUGUUCUUAAGGUCGACGGCCGUCGAAGUACAAGUGCCUGAUGAACUUACCGAAGGCGGCCGUUAUUCGCCAAGAUUCAUUGAUGACUCCGAGCUGGACGCCAUCGAAAACAAAAAGGCAAAAUUCAUAACCAAGAAAAAAGUAAAGAAAUUCUUGGUACCGCCGUUGAUCUUGCUCAAGCUGUUCAAAAUGAAGUUGCUGUUAUUCUUACCGCUCGUCCUUGGAUUGGCGCCGUUUAAGAAAAUCUUGGGAUUUUUGGCUUUCGUCGGGCCUGGUCUAAUCGGAUUGUUCAAGUCGUGCAAACCACACAUGCACCAUAACUACGGCAUGUUCGGACACAGUAGCUUUUUUUAAAGGGCCAACAGUGUGGACCCUCGGACACUAGCUCCGAUCUAAACGUCGCCCGAUAGUUUACCAUAGUAUAAAAAGCUCCAAACCGUUUUAAAGUCAUCGAGCCGUUUUGAGAAAUAAAACGCUUGUGCUAGGUAGGUUAAGAACUUGAACCCGUUUUGAAGUAUUUGAAAACGGUUUAAUCGCUUAAUUAUACACAUUAUAUAAACGUAGUGAAUAGGUAAAUAAUUAUUGUAUUAUAAAAAUCAUUGCUUAAUAGUAAUAACGUUUAGAGUGAAAUGCUUCAAACCGAGUUUAAAUUGUCCGUUUCGCAUCCCUUUCUCUAAUCUCUUUAUAUGUUGUAUAUAAAAUAUAUAAUAUAUCUUAUAUCUAUAUAUUCAGUUACUGCAAGACCAAUGUAGACACUAACUUUUUUUACUGAAAUAUUUGUACAAACUGACAUUGAGGAUUAUGAAUAAAGUUUCUUGUUAACAAGUUAUGCAACUAUAAAUGUGUAUGUAUACGUGUAAACUUCAACUGGCCGACUUAAUACUGUAGUCAACACUCAACAAUAAUACUGUUUGUUAUAUUUAAAUAUGUUAAAAAAAUUGAAGUAUUGUAUGUAACUGUUUUAUAAUUUUAUUAA